GCCUUGCAAAGCGUGCCCAUGACUACUUUAGCCCGGCUUUUGUCCACACAGUCAAGUAGUGCUACACGUCUUACAGUUUAAAAUACGCCAGCUCAACACAUAAGCAAGGGAAAAAACGCACCGACCACGAUCGGGUUUGCGAUUCAUGCCCUGGGUGUUUCCAGGAACGCCACACGUUUCCUUAUCAGAGAAGGCAGACAUCGGCUUAAAUAUCUGCAAGUAUGAGGUAGACUCGCUGUGCUUGCAUUCCUUGACGACACCCUGGACGACACCCAGCGAAUCCGCGGUUUAAUCCCUCAAGACGCGCUCCAACCUAAUGAAUCAACAGGCUGUAUCUGAGAAACGACAAUCUUUGGAAGUCUGAAAGGGAAUGGCAAGGAGCGGGCCUACCAUCGGCACUACUUGUCUUAGGCCCCCACCGCCUCGUGUUUGAGCAGGGCUCAAGUCCUUGCUUUAUCGGAGGAUAAUAAAGGCGCUGCAUCUAGCGAGCUCCGGUGACGAACAUCACAUCAUAGACAAUGGAGGCAACGGAACAGCAAGGGACAGAGGUGCACCUGGACGCGGUGUAUACGUCUAUCGCUUGGUCAGGCGCUCCGGGGUCUGAGCACGACGGCGCUCUCAGUCCGGAAAUCGACGCUCCACGACCGAGGAAAGGCUCGAAGGGUGUGCCUGCUCGAAACCAGAGUACCGGUGCUCUAGAUACUGAGCGCUCGACACGAAAGCUACAUUGGCUGCCACACGAGGAGCUCGAGCUCGCCCGCCGGCACAUGGAGAUUGGCAACCGCUGGGCUGCAAUCGCGCGACACCUGCCCGGAAGGACCGACAACGACAUCAAGAACCUGUGGCACAGCACGUUGCGCAGCAAGACGUGCCGGCGCAGCAACGUGCUGUACUCCUACCUGCAGCUGGUGCGCGACUGCUCGGACGACGCGGGGGCGCGCCGAGCGGCGUACGACAAGGCCCUGGGCAUGACCGGCGGAGCCACGGGCGGAGGAGGAGGCGGCGGGGGUGCGGGGGGCGGCGACAGCGAGGAGGACGACGACAAGCCCGGCGGGAUGCUUUCCGCCGCUGGAGCCUCCACUGGCCGCGCCGCCGGCGGGGGUGCUGGUCGGGACCUGCUGACGGCGGCGGAGGUGUCGCCGGCGGCGGCGGGCGCGGCUGCUGCGCACCUGGGCGCCGCCAUGCCGCCGCCGGCUCGCGCCAGCGGCCCGCCCAGCACGCACUCGCCCUCACAGGGGCCGUCGUCGCACCGGACCUCGUACAACGGCGGCGGCACCGACGACUCCCGCGGCGGCACGGGCCCUGGCGAGGGCCGCCUGCUUGCCGGCAUUGGCGUGGGUGGCGGCGGCGGCGGCGGCGGAAGCGGUGCCCAGCACCAUAUGUACUUUGGGGCUGGUGGCGGCGGAGGCGGCGCCGGCGGCUUGAACGCGCACCUCGCCUGGAUUAAGGACGGCUACAACACCUCCACCUCGGCCUCCUCCGGGCCCCAUUCCGGCGCGCCCUCGGCUUCCGCCUCCUUCAUCGGCACCGCCUCCCCCUUCUUUCAGCCGCCGCCCGUCGCCGGCCUUGCCGGCAACAGCUUCUCAGCCGGCGGCGGCACCGGCGGAGGCGGAGGCGGUGCAGUGGCCGGAGGCAUGGGCCUGCUACUGCCACUGCAGCAGCAGCAACAGCAACAGCUACAGCUACAGCUACAGCCUCCCCAGCACCGCAGCGGCAGCGCUGCUCGGCCGUUCAACAUGGGGCCGUCGCUACUGGGGCAGCCGUCGCUGCUGCAGCCGCGCGGCAGCGGCGGCCCGGGCGUUGGCAGCGGCGCCGGCGGUCUGGGCCUUGGGCUGGGCGGCGGCGGCAGCGGUGUUGGCCUGGGCCUGGGGCAGGGCAGCCCGCUGGUGGGCGCUGCAGGCGGCGGCAUGGCGGAGCUGCUGCAGCACCUGCAGGGGCAGCAGGCUCGCUCCACGCCCGCCUCCCAUGGCUCCGACUACGUGGCAGCUGCCUUCAGCGGCGGCGGCAGCCUCGUCAACGAGCGCUCCCUGCCGCACCUGUCGGACCUCGCACUGGGCUCCGCUGGCGGCGGCGGAGGCGGCAGCAGCACCGGCGGCCUGUCGCCCGUGUCUGUAGCCGGAGGCGGCCCCGGCAGCACCGGACCCUCCUGGAUGGGCGGCGGCGGAGGCCGCGGAGGCGCACCGAACCUGCAGGCCCAGCUACAGCUACAGCUGCAGCAUCAGCAGGGGCAGGGGCUGCUACAGCCGUUCGGGUCACGCGGCCACCACAACCCGCCCACCGCCAGCGUGUCGCAGCCCAACCUCAUGUCAGGCGUGUCCGGCCUGGGCGCGAUGGGGCUGGGCGGGCUGGGUGGGCUGGGUGGCGGCGGCAGCGGCUUGCGCGUCGGCGGCGCCGGCGUGGUCGGCGGCGCCAGUCGCGGCGUGGGCCCCAGCGGCACCAUCGAGCUCGACCCAGGGGCCGGCUUAGGCAUGGGCAUGAGUAUGGGCAUGGGCGCGCCUGGCGUUGGCGGCGGCGGCGGAGGCGGAGGCGGAGGCCCGAACCGCACACGGCAUUCGUUUCACGGCGUUGGCGGCCGCGGCGGCGGCGGCGCUCCUGCGGACCAGCAGACCUCUUGGGCGGGUGCCGGCGGCGGCGUCAGCACGCUUCAGAACGAACUGCUCAGCGGAGGUGGCGGCGGCGGCGGCGGUGGCGACGGCGGCCGUGAGCUGAUUAUGGACUCCGGUGAUUGGGAGACCAACCGGGCGCGGCGGCGGCAGCGGCUGUCGUUUCCGGGCUCCGGUGCUGGAGAGGACGGCGGGGAGGGCGGCGGCGGCGGUGGUGGCGGCGGGGGAGGAGGAGGAGGAGGAAACGGCAACGUCGCAUACGGUACCGGUCCUGGCGGCGGUGGCGGCGGGGGCGGCUGGAGUGCACCGUCGCUUGCGCGGCAGCUGCAGCUGCAACCAGGCGCACUGCGACAGGAAGGGUCCCUGCUGCUACAACAGCAGCAGCUGCAGGCACACCAGCGGCGGUCCUUUGACAGCGCUGGGGUCGGCUUGACGAGCGGUGUGGCGGCGACCUGCAGCGCAGCUGCCAUUGAAAAUGCGUCCGCCGACGUUGGGCUGAUCACGGCUGCAGAUAUCUGGGAGGCCCGCGGCGGCAGCCAGCAGCAGGACGAGCAACACCGCGGCGAUCGUGACGGCCGUGACGCCGACGGCGACGUUGCAAUGGAGGACGCGUCGCAGCAGCAACAGCAACUGCAGCAGCCAGCGGACACGGCUCCGGAAGCGGCGGCGGCGGCGGCGGCGGCGGCGCCAUUGGGUCGCCAGGGAGGCGGCGGCGGCGCCGUGGCGGCGGCGCUGGCCGACGGCGGCGCGGGCCUGGUGGUCGUGGCGGCGGCGGCGGACGCGCUUGAAUCUCAGGGCGGCGGCAGCGGCGGAGGUAGCGGCGAAGCUGCCGUCACGCUGUCUGGCGGCGUGGCAAGGCCCCGGCCCGGCGGCGGCGUCGGGCCGGGCAGCGGCGGCGUCUCCCGUCUGGCGGCGGCACUGGCGGCGGACGGGCUGCCUACAACGGCCGCUGCGGCGGCUGUGGCGGCUGGCAUUGUGGGAGAUGAUGAUGUGUGCGACGUUUCGCUCAACGCGCUGUGCAGGCUGCCCUCCAAGACGGCUGUGUCGGGCGCCGCCGGCGGCUUUGGCUCCGGUGCGGGCGGCUUUUCCAGCCCCCUGGCUGGGCUGGUGGCAGUGGCGCCUGUGUCACGUGAUGACGAGGAGGGCGAGGGAAGCGAUAGGGAGCGAGAGGCGCCGCAGCACCGCCGUCAGCAGCAGCAGCAGCGGCAGCAACAGCAGCAGCAGCAGCAGCAGCAGGAGGCAGUGGGAACAAGUCUCGCACAAGUUGGAGGGCCGGCGCGCCAGAGUCCGGCGGAUGCCGCCGCCGCCGCCAGCCCCCCGCACUCCCAGUCCCACGGCGGCCCGCACUCCCACUCCGGGCCCAACUCACACUCCGGGCCCAACGCCCUCUCCGGCCCCAACUCCAGCUCGCAGCAGCACGUGUCUGGCCCCCAGUCGCUUCCAGGCCCAGGAGGGGCGGCAGGAGCAACGGCCGGGUUCGGAGCUGCCCCAACAGGAGGAGGCGGCGCCGGAGGCGACGGCGGGCCGGGCUGUGCCGAGGGCGAGGCAGGACAGCCCUCUGGCGGCUGGCGCCCCGGCACUCUGAGCGGGCAGCCCCUGGCGCAGCUGCAGCAGCGCUGGCGGCAGGAGGUGGAGGAGCUGCAGCGGGUGCGGCAGCAGCACCCGGCCUCGCAGCAGCAGCAGCAGCAGCAGCAGCAGCAGCAGCUGCUGGGCAUGCCGACACGCAGCCAGCAACACGCCUCUCCGCCAUCCGGCACAAGCGGCAUGGCUCAAGGUGGCGGCGGCCCCCAGGCCUGGCAAUCAGAGCCCCUCCAAGACCACCAUCACCAACACCAGCAGCACCAACAACACCAACAACACCAACAGCACCAACAACGGCACCAACAGGGCGGCAUGUGGGCUGAGGGCGGCGCCGCACCCGGCGUGCCUCUCUCAUCCGCACGUGGCGGCGGCGGCGGCAGGCCGGCGGGUCUGGACCCUCUGGACGAGCUGCUCGAGCGGCUUGACAAGGUGGAGGGCGAGGAGAUGGUGGACGUCAUGACACUGAUGACGGCCACACAGAGCGAGGGAGGAAGGCCCAACCUGGGCUGGGGAGCAGGCGGCGCGGGAGGAGGCGGUGGGGCAGGGGCCGGGCAAGGAGGAGGCUGGCACGGCGGGGGAGCUGGAGGCUGGGGCCGCGGAGGAGAUGGCGGGGGAGGUGGAGGUGACACUGCGCCUUCUUGGCCGCAAGGCCCUGGGGGCGGGGGCUGGGUUGACACCGCGUCCCUUGGCGCCCGGCUGGGCCCGGGAGCGGGAGCGGGACCAGGCGCAGGGCUGGGCCUGGCGGAGGGCCGGGGCGUCAUGGGCGGUGCGCUGGGCAUCGGGCUUGCGGCGCUUGGCGGCGGCGGUAGCAACGCGCCGCACAGCGCCAACAACAGCAGCAGCGGGGCCUUCGGCACCCACGGCUGGGCGGGCGUGGCGGCGGCGCUGCAGGUUGGGAACGGCAGCAACACCAACCAAGGCGGUGCCGGUGGCGCUGGUGGCAGCAUGGCGCACCUGGGUGGCGGCGGCGGCGGCCACGUCAGCACCGGCCUGCUGCCGUACAUCAUUGGCGGCGGCGGCAGCGUGGGCGGCGGCCACACCAGCGGCAGCCACCCGCUGCACCAGGCCGCGUCGCUGUCGCACUCGCCACCGGUGCCACAGCCACAUGCCUCGCCGGCGCUCUCCGGCUCGCCAGGGUUUGGCGGCGGCAGCAGCGCAGCCCUUAUGGGCGAGUUCAAAAUGGGCAUCGGCGGCGGCGGCAUUGGCGGCGGUGGCGGCGGCCUGAGCUUCGGGACCGCUCUCCACCGGGCCAGUGAGUCGAAUGCGUUUUACUCGGAAGGCCGCUUCGGCUUUGGCGGGACUGGAGGUGGCCGCGGCGGCGGCAGCUCAGGCCUGAGCCUGUUUGGCGGCGGCGGCGGCGGCGGCCCUGGAGGCGGCGGCGGCGGCAACCGCUCUGCGCCCGUUCCUUUUGAGGCCUUUGCCGGGGCAGGGCUGUCCCAACAGCAGGGCAGGCAUGGCCUGGGUCCCACUGAGUUAUUGUCUGCCGGCCCGCUGGGGCGACUGGGGACAGGCAACUGCAGCAACCCCGGGCCAAGCGGAGGGACCGCCGGUGGCCCUGGCGGCGGCGGCGGCGCGCGGCGUGCAUCGACGCUGUCUGGGCACGGCGCCCUCCUUGCCGUUGCCAGCGCCAGCGCGCCGGGCGGCGGCGGCGGCGGUGGUGGCGGCGGCGGGGUUGGCGGCGGCGGCAUGUUGACUGACAUGCCUGUGACGCUGGGCAUGGGCGAUGACGAAGUGGCGGACUGCCUCGAGUCUAUGAUGGCGGAGGCGGAUGCGGCGGUGGGGCCGGGCGGAGGGCCGGGAGGAGGCGGCGGUGGAGGCGGCGGCGCGGUGCGCGACGGCAGCGCAGGCAUGCUGACGUCCUUCGCCUUCAACUGAUUCGCACACGGGCAUAGCACGCACACGCGAAGCAGUGUGCGCGGGUGGGUGCUCUUUGUUGUUUUGGCUCUCCGCCGGGAAACGGCGCCGUGGUCCCUUCAAACACGGCUUGAGAGAAACGAGGAGCCGCCCACGCCUCAAACGUGCCACAACUCUGAUGAGCGAAUCACAAGAGACCUUAGCACCAUAGUGGCCCAGUUUCGCCAUCCUGUGCGUUACUCCCUCUCUAGGACAUCGGAGGAACUUAUCUGUGUGUGUAUGCGUGCGCGCUUAAACCAUUGGAACGGGGUUUGGCUACAGCAUUGAAUGGAUGUCUGUCGACUGGAUGUCUGUCGCCGCCGACUUCCGCCUCGUGUUUGCUGUGUGAGUGAUCUUGGCUUUGGUUUGCGGUCACCGACCUGUUAGGUGGAUGGCGCACCGCAGUAUGGAACCGCAUACGUGCAAGUGCAUGCACGCGCUCUUUGAGGGUGCCUGCUGCGAACGACCGAGGUGGCAACGGAUGAGAUUCGGAGGAGGACGGGAUGCAGGGCUUACGUGGGGCUGGAGCAAUGUGCGGGAGCCACUGAACUGGGUCUUCAUUUGGGGCGUUACUUGGGUUCCAACACGCGACUAACACGCGACCAUGCAACCACGGGGUAUCGACAUCAACUUUGGCGGAAGCAACUGAGCAUGUGCGUGCCUGGUACCCUUCAUAUAGGCCUAUGGGGACUUGCUGGGCAGGUGUGUAGGCAUGGUGAUCUUGAUGGUGAGCAAGGGGAAAUGGCACUGUUGGGGUUGGUGGUAGCGAUUCCUGCGAGUGCUGUGAUGAGUGGUACUGCGAGAACCGCUUGGUCGACGGGUAGUGGCCAAGGCUGGCCCAAGCUUUACCCAUUGUGUUGCAUGUGUUGCAUGGCUCUAGAGGACACGAAUGAGGUGGGGUCAUUAGGUUACUGUAUCGACUCACCUCACUGCUGACAGCACUUGCGUUUGGUCAUAGGAAUUGGUAACCAAUAGUUGAGACAAUAGCAUUUGGCGCUGAAGUGGCAAGGCCCGAGACAGAGUUGCAGUCUGGGCGGGUUGCAAUGGAUAGGAUUUGCCCCCACACAGAGAGGGUUAGCCCAACCAAAGGCUGAGAGCCUAGCGAGGAGGACUGACGCUGCUGGGGGCACAGCUGGAUUGGGGCAUUCAUGAAGGACACAUGCGUGCUGAAUAUGCAUGAUGGAAUGCACCACACAUCGCCUUGAUCAUUGCACACUAUUCUUCUUCGUGCAUGUAUGGUGAAGGGACGAACGUGCCUGGUUGGGACACGCUGCAGUCAGACACGUGCUCCGGCCGGGCGUGGGGGGGCAGGGCUUUAUGGCGGGCAUAAGACAUACAACGAAGGUCCGAAUGCAAGGCAUGGCAAUGGUUGGUGACGCGGAGAGGGCGAAUCACUGAGGGCGGCGCGCAUGGAGCGCAUGCACGCUUGCUGGGCGCGGCCUGGCAGACCGGCAGCAUCACGAUACGACACACCGGGGGUUGAGGCAAAGGAUUGGCACUGACGCAUGCGGAUUAAAAGUAUGGUGGAGAUGAAAUUGUGGCUGACACUGCUGGCAAGUGAACUGGUGGGGAUGGGGCAUCAGAGCCCGCGGCAGCUGGCGAGGCGUCAAUGGUGUGGUGCUUGUCAGGGCAGUAGGGAGGACGGUGAAAGGUGCGUGAGGGGUUUUAUGAUUCAGGAAGAUGAAUAAAAGUGCGUAUUGGAGGAGGCAAGGGCACGACGCCGUUGAGGCUUGGACGACCGAGUAGCGAUGGAAAGGCAACGACGAAGGAGUGGCAUACGGCGGCAGGAGCCUUUCUGUUUCCGCUGCAAGUGAGCCGCAUGUCAACCUCAGUCGGAACUGGCAACACUCCUUGUGCGUGUGACCCAUAUGUACUGUUGGCUUCAGGGCUUCUGCAUGUAUUGUAUUUUUUAAUAGGUUUGUGAUCAUAGGUGAGCCGAUGUGUGUGCCAGUGUGCAUGUGUUGCGGUGCUGAACUGACUUGCGUGUGGCGCCUACAGCAAGGUACUGCCCAAUGCGCUGCCCACGGCGCUGCCACAGGCAAUGCAAUGAUUCAAUGGUGGACGGAUUACGGAUGUAAAGCCGCAGCAUU